AUGGUGAAGCUUGCUGAAUAUUCUCGUACUGCAACGUUUGCCUGGUCCCACGGAAAGAUACCUUCUUUGGUGACGGGUACUGCAUCAGGGACUGUGGAUGCAAAUUUCUCAAGUGAGUCGUCAUUGGAACUUUGGUCUUUGCUCUCGGCAGACGCAUCAAAGCCAGAUGCAUCACUUGCUGUGGACGCCAAGUUCAAUGAUCUAGAUUGGUCUCAGGACAACAAGAUUCUCGCCGGUGCAUUAGAUAACGGUGCUGUGGAACUUUUCUCGAACCCCAAGGACUCUCUCAAAUUCGAAGCGUCAUUCAGGAGUCAUUCCAAGUCUGCGAAGACGGUGCGUUUCAAUGCAAAACAAUGUAAUAUUCUGGCAUCCAGUGGGACCCAGGGUGAAAUUUUUAUUUGGGAUUUGAACACUUGCUUGAAAAAUCCGGAUUACAAACCAUUAACACCAGGGUCUUCAAUGAAUUCCAUCGAUGAAAUUACAUCAUUGGCAUGGAAUCAGUGUUUGGCACAUGUAUUUGCAUCUGCUGGAUCAUCUGCAUAUGCUUCUAUAUGGGAUCUAAAAGCAAAGAAAGAGGUUAUUCAUUUGAGCUAUUCUUCUCCAGAAACGGGUUUAAAAUCUCAACUCUCCGUUGUUGAAUGGCAUCCAAAGAACUCCACCCGAGUUGCUACGGCCACAGGAAGUGAUACGGACCCUUUGAUCCUGGUUUGGGACUUGAGAAAUGCAAAUACUCCUUUACAAACUCUUUCAAAAGGCCAUUCCAAAGGAAUCUUAUCCCUGGAUUGGUGUAGCGAAGAUGAGAACUUGUUAUUGUCAAGUGGCCGCGAUAAUACCAUUGUUUUGUGGAAUCCGGAAUCGGGCGAAGAACUGACUCAAUACCCAACUCGUGGAAAUUGGUGUUUCAAGACGAAAUUUGCUCCAGAUGCACCUGAUUUAUUCGCUUCUGCUUCUUUCGACAAUAAGAUACAGGUUCAGACGUUACAAAAUCUAGUAACCACCUUGGAUCAAGAGCAAUCUGUCACGAAGCAACAGGAAUCAGAGACAGACUUUUGGAAUCAUGUGUCCCAAGAAGAAUCUGAUGUAAAGCCAACUGUGUUACGUAUGCAGGCUCCAUCCUGGUACGAAAAUAAGUCACCCGCUGCACAUUGGGCAUUUGGUGGAAAACUUGUUUGCAUAACUGCAAAUGGACUAGGGGUCUCGAUAACCAAACCAAAACUUCCUGGUCUUGAGGACAAUGCAUUGUUAGAUGAAGCACUUAAGUCUCACGACUUCAACCCCUUGAUCAAUAGAAGAUUGGCUAAAACAAUUGAUGAAACUAAUGAAGAGGACUGGAACUUACUUGAAAAACUCUCAAUGGAUGGCAAAUCGGAAUUUUUGAAGGAGUCUUUUGCUUUUGACGAAGAAGAAUCUGAUACGGAGACUGAUCGAGAUGAUGGGGAAAAUUUCUUUGCGAACAUCGAGGGUAAGUUUGAGCCCACGGGAAAAUUUAGCUUAUCCAAUGAGUCGGAGAUUGAAAUAGCCAAGUAUUUAGUAUCUGGGAAUCCCAAAGCUGCCGUGGCAGCUUCGCUUGGUGCUGAUCGCCUUUUAGAGGCACUGAUCAUUUCCUUGGAUUCUAAUGAUAAGGCACUGAAAGACUCCGUAAAAAAUGCAUAUUUCUCGAAAUACGGCAAGGAUUCAACUUUGUCAAGAUUUCUGCAUUCUAUUUCACAAAAAAAUUCAAUUGAUUUGGUAGAGAAUCUGGAUGUUUCUCAGUGGAAAUAUGCUGCCAGAGCCAUUAACAACUUUUACGCUACAGACAUAACGGAAAAGAACAAACAAUUGUCUGCGUUGGCCGAUAAACUACUCGAAUCAGAGGAAAGACAGGAUGCCUUAGUUCUUUAUCUAGCGGCAGACUCCUUGGAUAAGGUGGCCGCCCUCUGGCUGAAAGAAUUCUACUCGUUAGAACAGAAGUUGCAAAAGGAAAAGUCUUCCUUGUAUGAAGCACACUCAGAGUGUCUCUCUGAGUUUGUGGAAAGAUUCACUGUUUUCAGUAACUUUGUUGGUGAUAACAAAGUUAUCACAAACGCAGAUUUGAUUUCAAAGUUUUUGGAGUAUGUCAAUCUAGCCUCGGCAGGUGGAAAUUUCGACCUGGCACAUGCUAUUUUAGAAACUCUUCCAGAAACAAACAAUGAGGUCAAAAUGGAAAAUGAGCGUGUCCUUUUGGCGCUAGGUAAGGCAAAAAAGAGCACUUCGAAGGCACAUACCUCAAAGGCUGCUUACGGUGCAGUCACUAGUAAUUCAAUACCCUUGGCAGCGCAGCAAGGUAUAUAUAGAGCAGGGGGACCUUCAGGUGGUUCAUUCAUAAAUGGCAAUCAAAUUCAGGCAGCGCCUUUUGUAACUCAGCAAAAUCGCGUCUCACCAGCUCCCCCUGUAGAUAGCUUUACUCCUCAGCCGAACGUUCAUGGAUUUCCGGUUGUCCCAAAUGCUAUUGCUUCGAAAUAUGCUCCAUCGGUUACUUCUCCAUCGCUGAACACAGGUCCUAAGCCUAUAGCUGUCCAGCCAAAUGCGUAUACUUUAACCGGAAUGAACGCAUUCGCUCCUUUGAGCUCCAAACCGGUGCCAAAUUUUAUAUCCGCUCCAAACUAUAGCGAACAGUUUUCUGGAUCUGGGAUAGCACCACCAAGCUCCGUAGCGUCAGGUCAAACCCCUUCGUUGAAUAAGAAGGCCAACGAUGGUUGGAACGAUUUACCGUUGGACGUCAAGGAAAGACCACAACGUGCCAAAGCCGGGAAUAUUGCUCCGGCAAGUAUUACGAGGCAAACUUCAACGCCUGGAAUCAGUGGCACUUCAGCAAGCGGAUUGACCGUGCCUCCGCCACCGCUCUCUAAGUCGUCGUCCAGGUUACCUUCGCUGGUUUCUCAACUUCCACCACCUAUAAAAGGCAGUAGAAAGACUUCUGUUUCAUCUAACGCGUCUUUGGUCUCAAAUUCUCCUAAAAUUCCAGCUUCAAGCCCAUAUGCGCCUCAACCUGCAGUAGCCUCAUCCAUCGCACCAAAUCCAACAAUGAGUUACGAGCCAGCACCUCAACCCAAUGGUACAAUGGCUAAUGCAAACCCUUACGCUCCUCCUGUAACGAGCAAUAAAGCUGCACCCCCCGCCAAUGCUUACGCUCCACCGGUCGCCGCUUCUUUACCGUCUCGUCAAAGUAGCCCUUAUGCACCUCCUCAGCAGCCACCAAUUGUAGCUGGCCAAAUGUCAUCUCCUAUGAGCUCUUUCACAAAUGGAUCUGCUUCGGCACCACCCGUCGCAGCUUCCAGGCCUCCACCUACUAAUGUGAAAAAGAAAAAUCACAAUAUAACGAGUGUUCAAAACGCAAGCACCUUAUUAGAAUCCGUGCAAAAGUCUCCUGAUGGCUCUAUGGCGUCAACGCAAUCAAAUGGCAAUAAUAAUGUGUCUUUAGCAACUUCCUUGACUUCUCCAGUAGCAACUGCUGCAAAAUUAACCUCGAGCACUGAUCCACAGGUUUCGAAAUCUGCAAGUUCACGCUCAGGCGUUCCCGAGGAUCAGCAACCUAUCGUUGACUUUUUAAAAGAGGAGCUGGCCCGUGUAACACCUUUAAUUCCGAAAGAGUAUACAAAACAAUUGAAGGACUGUAACAAAAGAUUGAACAUUUUGUUUCACCAUUUAGAAAGACAAGACUUGUUAACUCAGCCUACAAUUGAGAAACUGAAACGCAUAGUUGAGCUGCUAAAAGACAACAAGUACUCGGAGGCCAUGCAAGUCCAUGUCGAUAUCGCCACAAAUUACGCCCAAGAAGCUGGCAAUUGGCUCACCGGCGUAAAAAGGCUGAUAGGUAUUGCCGAGGCAACAUCAACUUGA